UUUCGCGUCGUAUGAAUGUAGUUUAAUUUUCCAAGAGCACCAACAGAUGGCGCACCAACCGACAUCGACACCAUGCGCUGCGAUUCGUCCGUCACUGUUGUCAUUGUCACUUUUGCGUCGAUUGACAACGUUCGAAUUAGCAGUGAUCUACGAGAGAUCUUCGACCCGCUAAUUUAAGUUUUUAAAUCAAUUUGAUGCGCGAUCAUGUCAAAGAUAACGGGUUACGACACGCAUGAUGAUGGUCCAGGAUUCGUAGGCAUCAGAUUUUGUCAGGAGUGCAAUAAUAUGUUGUAUCCGAAGGAGGAUAAAGAAACCAAAGUACUCAUGUAUGCGUGCAGAAAUUGCGAUUUCAAGCAACUGGCUGACAGCAACUGCAUCUACGUGAACAAGAUCAUGCACGAGAUAGACGAGCUCACACACAUUGUCGCCGAUGUGAUAUCGGACCCUACGUUGCCAAGAACCGAGGAACAUCCAUGCCCAAAGUGCAAUCACAGAGAAGCUGUGUUUUUCCAGGCGCAAACCAGACGGGCUGAGGAAGAAAUGAGACUGUAUUAUGUGUGUACAAAUCAGCACUGCUCUCACAGAUGGACAGAGUGAAAUAACAUACGAAUGACAUUCUGUGUUAUCUUUGUCUACUUCCUAACUUUAACUUCUUGUGAUUGACAAAGUGUACAGGACUAUAUGCGAGAUUCAAAAAGGGGCAAGAGAUGCAUUGUAUAAUGUGUAUAAUAUGAAUAAAAUUGUAAUUGUAAU